GACUCCGUCUGUUAAGUCAGAGCAUGUUGAAUGUCAGUUGCCAGAAGUAGAUGCACUGAAAAUUCCCACAGACUCUUUGCGAGAGCAGCAUGGAGUGUGUGGGACAACUAAGACCUCCUCAGGCCUGCAACCUCCUAGGAGUCCCUGACUUCAAUAUCUUGGACGUGGAUGAAGAUGAGGGGGACUUCAUUGCCAUCAGGCCCAAAUGCUCUCCUCUGCCUCGAAGAAAGAGCUCCAUCACGGAUGAAGACUUGGAGCCUGAUGUUCCCCUGUGCGGUUCCAGGAGAGUCUCCUUUGCUGACGCCAAAGGCCUCAGCCUGGUGGAGGUGAAGGAGUUUGAUACAUGGGAGGUGUCCAAACUGCCAGGACAAGAUGCUUCUGGAGCCACAGCCAUAGAUGGAGAGGAAUACUACCUCUCACCUUUAACUUUUUCCCUCACGUUGUCAUCUGAAGAGGUGUUUGCCAAAGUGCUCGAGCAGAAAAUAGAGCUGGAAACAAUCGAUUUUCUUCCUGGGACCACAAUCUUGAAAGGUGUGAUCCGUGUCCUCAACAUCUCCUACAGUAAGGCGGUUUUCAUCAGAACAACUUUGGACCAAUGGGCCACCCACUUUGACCUUUUGGCAGAGUACAUCCCCGGCUCCAGCGAUGGUGUGACGGACUGCUUCUCCUUUAGGCUCACCGUAGUGCCUUGGUUCAGGGAACAGGGAGCCAGAGUAGAGUUUUGCCUGCGAUAUGAAACUCCUGAGGGAACAUUCUGGGCUAACAAUAAUGCCAGAAACUACGUACUGCUCUGUCACAGAAGGAUCAGAGAGGAUGCAAACACGCAGCAGAAAGAAAAUUUGAAUGUGAAAAGCUGCUUGAAGAACAUCAGUCUCUCCACGGUGGAAAACGUUUCAUCAAAGCAACCUCCAUUGCAGGACAUGAUGACAUCAGAAAACUCUUCCCUUAAACUGGAAAGAAGGAAAACUAGCAACAAAUCUGACGGCCAAGCGGGUCCAUCAGCAGAAGAGAAACAGAAAUUACUGAUGGAGGACAGACAAAACAGAACCCAACGGAGGCACAGGACGGCUGAACGAAUGGACAGGGUGAGGAACUACUUUGCUCAAAGGGAUGCUGAUGACACUGAUAGACAUGAAACACCUUUAGAAACAAAGCAGGCAUCUCAAGAAGGAAACUCAGUCUCUGAGGGCUCAGAGUUUGUCUUUGAAGCUUCUGAAAAACUGUGUGAACCUGUUCUUAACGGAGAACAAGGCUUUGCAGCUAACAAGGAGGUUGAGUUGUCCAAACUCCCAUCAGCAGGAGGGGAGAGGGUUGAAGACACACCAAAGAGCCAUGUGGAUCCACUCAAUGAUCCUGCUCAUCUUACAGAGAAGCAAAUCCUCAAGGAGUCUGUCACUGAAAGAAGCUGUCAGGAUCAAGACAAUACAAUAACUGAGAGCAGAGAAAGCUUCACGUUCACAACCGUGGUGGCUCCUCUGUAUCAGCAGGUGUUUGGCAGGUUAGAUGCUGACGUUCCUAGUGCAGCUGGUGUGGGAAAACAAACCAAAGCAAGAAUGGAUCCCUCUGAGAGGAGACAGACUGAAUGCAAACAAACCGUAGACGGUGGAAAAUUGGAUUGGGAAGAUGCAGUGCAGAGUCCAGCCCAGUCAGAACAGAGAUGGACAAAGACCCGUCAGAGUCCACAGCCCCAUUCAGCAGACUUGGUAGACGGUCUUGACGGAGUAAACGGUUCUUUAGACACAGACUUGUUGAGUUCCCAGACAAAGAUAAGGGAUAAAGAUAGUGACGGUCUCCAGGGAGAGGCGCAAGAAGAUGAUCUUACCCAUGACCGCUUCAAAGCCAUUGAUGGAGCUCUGCCAGCAGAGCGAGCUUGUUUGCACGUUGCAGUCAAUGCUGCUGACAGAAAUGCAAAGAUUGAAACACGAGCUGAUCCGAAAUCCCUUCAAAGGGAGUCGGGACGCUCUGGUGACGAUGCAGACCAACAGAGCAGCUGUGACUUGGUUGAGGUGACGCAGAACGAUGACUUAGCAGAAAUAGAGAAAAAUAAAAACAAAUCUUCAACAAAGGAAGACUUGGUAGAAGAAGAAAAUGACUCCAAUUCUGAAAACUCUGAUUUAGUCGUCAUUGAAAUCAGUUCAAAUAGUCUCGUUUCAAAGCCAGAAACCGAUUUUAAAAAUGUCAACACAAUAGAAACUGAGACGUUCAGUCCACUUGAAGAUGAAACCAAACACUCUGCAGUAAUAAAUAUCCUUUAUGAAGUAGCAGAGUCCAUGGAAAAUAAAAAAUCCAUAAACAUGGAUGCAUUUGAAGAAACUCUGGAAGAAAAUGAACAAAAUGGGAUGACAGAUUCCUCAAAACAAGAUGGAGAUUUCUAUUUAGCAGAAAUUAAUGUGGUGAAAAACUGGGAAAUGAUGGUUGAGGAGGAGGAAAAUAACACAUCAACGAAUGACAAAGACAAUGAGCUAAUAGGUUUAAAUGCAGAGGAAUGCAGAGGAAUUCAGACAAAUAAAAUAGAUAAAGUAGAGGAAAAACGGAUGGCUGCAGAAAUGAAAGCACAGAAGGAGAAUAAUGCAGCUGCUUUGGAACGCCAAAGGGUCAAAAAACAGGGGGCAACAGGGGUCGAAAAAUGCAAUGACUCAGAGAGAGUUCAGGUUGUAAUAAAAGAACAUUUUUUCGGGGAAAAAAGUGCAGAAGAAAAAGAUUUUAAGGCAAUGGCGGCUUGCCAAGGUGAGGAGGAAACAAAGGAAGCAAAAACAGAACAAAACUGCGAGUUUGAGGGAGUUUUGGAGUGGGAGGGUGAGGAAAAGUUGAAAAACAUUAACAAUGACAAGCAGAAUUCAAAUUGUACACCAGAGAGUUUGGCUGAAAGUUGUGGAGAAAAAGAGAAGGUGCAGGCAGACAUGUGUGCGGACAACAGAAAUUUUAAGGGCCCAGGUCUUACACGAGACGAGGAGGAAGAGGUUGUAUCUGUUCCAGGUAGUAAUAAAGAUGACAGAGAAGAUAAGAGGACAGAUGAUUGCACUCAAGCUGACUACAUUCUACACAAUAAAGAUGGUUCUCAGUGUGUUAAAGAAGUCAUAGGGAGGCAUCUGAGUGAAGAAAUGCCCACUUUAUCAUAUGAACGCAACAGUGACCUAACAAGUCAGAACAGCAGCUCAGCAGAGUCCGACUCAGACGACGAGGUGGAGUUGUACAUGUUUCGUCUGAGGGCUGUGGGAACAACAGCACAGGCAGGUAAAGACAAAGUCAAAGAAGCAGGAUUCCCGGCUAGCAAAAGAGCCUCUGCAAGCAGGGCCAGACCCCCAUCCCCAGUCUUACCCCCCAUCUGCGAAUCUGUGGAUGAAGAGCACCACAACAGUGACACUCAGGAGAAUCCGUAUGCAGCGGGUCCAUCACAAGACCACUGCCAAAAUGUUUUAUGGUGCAUAUCCUGGAGCAAUGUUUCAAAAUCACUGUUAUACGUCACUUUGCUGGUGGUGUUCCUGGCUGUGGCAAACCAAUAUGAUUUCCUGGCCUGUUUUGGACUCUAUUUGAUAUCUGUGGUUUGGCUGUGGUGUCAAGGGGAGAAACAAGCAGUUCAAAACAACAAGAAAGCAGCUCAAGACCAACAAAACUGCCACAUUUUAGCUGAAGCAAAUUUUUAAGACAUACUGGUUAGCAUCAUGGCUUUGAGGACUCACUCCGGUCAUCUUUUGAGCUAUUUUAAAAAGCAUUACCAGUGGUCUUUUAAUUACGAUCGUGCAGUUUUUAGCAAAAAAAAAAA